AUGCAAAGAUCACAAACCUGCAGCAGCAGCUCCCAAGCUGGUCGCGGGACCAAGCACCGCCAAACUACCAAGCCCAUCCAACAGCUGACCGAUUUUUGUUUUCAAAAUCACAACCCGCAGCCUGAAAACGACUGCAACUAUAAGCCCAAGCGGGUGGUCCAUCUGACCGACAAAGGAGCGGCCUACUUUAUCGACAAGGCGUUCAAGCUCCUUCGUCCCAGGCUGGUGCCGUAUAAUUAUAAGGACGGCCACGAGGAGGUGCUUAUUCCCUUGCGUAAGGGGAUAGGUGCACCCGUCGUCCCUAUGCAAAGAAAGCUGGUACGGAGGGGUAUGGACAGGAGUGGGCUGCCGCUGGAUGGCGACCCGCCUGAGGUUUUGGAUGAGAUUGUCGUGGGCGGCACCAAGGUUAACCAGGGAGCUGAUAGCAAUGCCGACCGGGACAACCGUAGUAAGACCGGCCAAAAGGACGAUGAGAACGACAACCAGGCGAUGGUUCAGGCUGCGGAAUCCGCUGCAAACACAGAUGCGCCAGAGGUGGAUAAGAUUAUGGUUGCAGGUAAUAAGACCGAUAAGGGCGACGGCGACGACGAUUCGCAUACAGAGGUCGAGUCUCAGACAUCUGCCGCAGAGGUACAGUCGCCAUUUGAAGAUGUAACAAUGGCAGGCCUACCGGGCGCGGAGUUAGAAUCACGUGUUCCGAAUGAACCUUUGUUAGAGAAAAAUAACACUAUUGCAACUAGCAUGGCGGACCAGAAUAUGAGCAGCGACGACGACCAACUAACGGAGGUUAAGCCUGGAACACCUGUCCAAAAAGUGCAUGUUACACACGUCAAGUCGCAUAUCGAAGAUAAAACCGAGGCCAACUUGCAGACAGUGGCCGAUGACGAGGACGAAGACUCCCUUGCUGAUACCGUUAUUGGAACGACAUUUGUUGCGGAGGGACCUAUCCCAGAAGCCACGGUUGCAACGACGCCUAUCGUAGAUAAAACUCUGGGACAUACAGCUGCUGCAGACACAGAUAUUACAAAGGGAUAUGAAGUUGUUAUGGAAGACAGCACAGUCGAGUCGGAUAUUGCAAGUUUGCAUGCGAUGGCCGACCUGGAAGGAUCUAUUACCAAGGCAUUUAUUUUAGAGAUGCCUGCUGCAGGGACAGCCACGGAGAAGGCAUAUGUUGCAGAGACUCCCAUGGCAGAUUUACGGAAUGAUUUUGCUACCAGCCAGGCAGCUUCAGUGGUCGCCACACCUCCUUUUCCAGCUCCGGCUCUUCCGUCGGUUAUAAACCCGGCCCCGCAACCAACCAUGCCUGCAGCUUUCCCUCUCCGCAACUACCAAUCACCAUUGCCACAGUCCAGACAUCCUCGAUCUACUCUGCCUACUCGGCCUACUCGGUCUUUUCGACACUCUCUACCUUCUUUACCUUAUCAGCUUCCUCGCCCUCCUCGACCACCCCCUCCUCUCUUUUAUGAGACUGCUCCUCGUCUUCCUUUACCUCCUCCACCUCCGGCAUCUCCACCACAUCCAGCACCAACUGCCACUACUGAAGCCUCACUAACUCCGCCCCGAGAAUAUGACGAUAUAACCGGGUACGAGCACGGCGACACGCCCGAGACUUACUACCUCCCAUUCGCCGGAGACCCUGACCGCACAAGGGUUUAUCUUUUGAGACGAGCUGAGAACAUUAAGAGGGCGAACCGAGAGGCACGGCCGGCGUGGAGGGAUUAA